UCCUAAAUAUUUUUAUGUUAUUUACAAAUACUCAAAAUUUAUAAUAUAAUAAUUAUUUUACUCUGUAUAUUUUGGUAUAUUAGAUAUAAUUAUUACUUUUAGUAUGCAUAUCAGUGUAAACCGCAAUAUUUAAAUGUGUUAUUACAAUUUUUCGCGUAAAUCUAAUUAGCUGGUAUUUAUUAUUGUUUAUUUCUUAAUUCUUUAUUAUUCUGAGUGAAUAAUAUAACGAAAAUGAGGUGUUGCGUUCAAUUCUGUACCAAUGAUACGAAACGGAUGACAAAGAGCCAAGGAAUCACUUUCCACUUGUUUCCGAAAGAAGCUAAUCUUCGCACUGCAUGGAUAGAAGCACUGAAUAUGAAGGACUGGGAGCCAAAAGAGAGGAGUUCAGUCUGUUCAGAACACUUCCAUAAAGAUGACUUCUACGACACAAAGUGUGGUCUCCGUAAAAUCAAGAAUGGGGCUGUUCCAGUAGUUGCUCAAGUGUGCAGGAUAUGUUUGGAAGUCAAUGUGAAAAUGUAUCACUUAUCAGAUAGUAAUUUGGAUGAUACAUUCCAGCAAAUUACUGGAAUAACGUUAAAUGAAGAAGACAGACUACCACAGAACCUGUGCUGGGAGUGCACCCAUCGACUGCAGUCCUGUAGGCGGCUGCGAGCGAAGGCGCUAAAGAGUCACAUAGCCAUGAUGAACGUGGUGCAGUCCAGCAGAUAUAUCACAAUACAUGAUAUACGAACAAUAGACAGAGCAGCGUUAAAAUCUAGUCUUGUAAAGAAAAUAAAUGAAGAGGACGACUUUGAUAUAUUUAUAAAUGACGAUGACGUUAUGUUAAAAGCAGAGACAAGAGCCGACGAAGAAGAAGAAAUGGCUCUCAUCAAACCGGAGAGUAAUGAAAUAGAGAAAGAGAUACAGAAGGAGAACGAUGAUGAGAAUCUACCAAUAGUUGAGAUUGAAGUGAAGGAUGAAAAUAAUGAUAAUGAAAUAUAUCUAGAUGAAUAUUUAGAUUAUGAUUCGGAAGAUGAUAAGAAGUUGAGUGAAGUGUUUGUGAAGCCAAAGACGAAGGUGAAAAAAAAGAAGUUCAAGUCAGAGAAGGGGAGGGUGAAGAAGAGAGCGAGGAAAUGUGAAGAUGAUGACAAUCCAACUGCAGCUAUGGAUAAGUACAAAAACUCAGAUGUGAAACGUAGAAAAGCAAGCGACGGCCUCGACGAAACUCUAUUCACAGUUAUAAAACUGACUUACGACGAACAGAUCGCUGAAAUUCAGAAGCGCCAGGAAUCCUCCACUUACAAGAACGCGCCGUACAAAUGUACAGUUUGUUACAGGGGCUUCCAAAUACAGGACAGAUAUGACGCGCACGUGAUACGGCAUAGUGAUGCAAGUGGUGCUUUUGAAUGCUUUAUAUGCAAGAGUCGACUGAAAACAGCCCGAGCGCUUCGGAAGCACCUCACUGCACAGCACACAGAGAAGUUCAGUUGUAAUGGAUGUCCAUUUGUCACAAGAAACAGGGGCGUGGCACGCGAGCACGAGAAGUGGCACGCCGGCACGCGCUACCAGUGUCCGCACUGUCCCAGUGAAUUUGAUAAGCUAACUACAUACAUGGGUCACAUACGCAUCAAACACGUGUCGGAUUUCGUGUGUGAACUGUGCGGGUACACGUUUGUGAGUAAAAAGGGCAUAGAUGUACACAAGAGGAAGAAACACCGAGUGGCCAGAGACAAGCCGGUGCCAUUGGAAGGUCCGUACUGCGCCGUUUGUGAUGUAACUUUUGUGUCUGAAGAGGCGCACUCGAGGCAUUUGAAGUUAUCAUCGAAGCACAGCAGCGACAAUGAUCCGAACCGCAUCAGGAACGACUCGCAAAGCAAGAGUUCGAAGUACGGCCGCGUGGUCCGGCAUAUAGAGCGGAGGCCCGUCAUACACCCGCGCGUUGAUGGUGACCGAGAGAGGCAAGACUGCGCCGGGCCAGUCACCUGCGAACAGUGCGGAGUCCAGCUACGCGAUUUAAGAUUGUACGCGCAACACUUCCGGCGAGCGCACCCGGACAAGAAUCGAACCAAGUACCCCGCGAUGAAGACGCCCUGCAUGUGCGAACAGUGCGGCAGAAUAUUUCAGAGCAUGGCUCUCCUGAAAGACCACAUGUGGGUGCACACGGGAGAGAAGAGGUUCAAGUGCGACCGCUGCGAUAAAAGCUUCACGCAGAAGACGAACCUGGUGUUCCACCUGCGUGUCCACAGCGCCACCCGCCCCACCUACGAAUGUCCGCUGUGCGGGAAACACUUCGCCUUCUUCAACAACAGAAGACGGCACAUGUUUAUCCACACGGGGCUGAAGCCGUUCAAGUGCGAGACGUGCGGCAAGUGCUUCACGACGGCGGGCGAGCAGCGCGCGCACGUGGACCACGUGCACCUCAAGAAGCCCUGGCCCAAGCGAGCCCGGGGACCGCGCCCCCACCACGACCACGACCACUCCGCCGCCGCCUGGCAGAAGUGCGCGCUACUGGAGGACUAGCACCAGCGCCGCCGCUCUACUCUCACUACAGAAUGAGUAGUGACCUAAAAGAACUAGUACUCAAGUCUCCAGGCCCGUGUAUGCAUAUGUCGAACUGACCCGUUAGAAGGUACAGUGACGUACAAAAAUAGUCCCCAAUAAUAGCUGUGUAAAUUAAUUAAGAAUAAGUAGUGAUCUAAAAAACGAAUACUCAAGCCGAGAGAAGAAAGAAUUUUCCAUAGAACGAGAGGAAUUUUGUUCUGCUGUUUUCCUUGACAUUCAGCAGGCAUUUGAUAAGGUGUAGCACGAAUGGCUUCUCUAUAAAAUAGAGUCUUUCCCAUUCUUUCUUUUAGCUCUCAAAGUCCUAUUUACAUGAUAAGAUCUUCCAAGUAAAUGAAGAGGAUGCCUGCUCAAGCUCUAUGAAAUCGGAGUGGGUGUACUGCAAGGAUCUGUGCUUGGACCAUAUCUCUACCUUGUUUACUGCUGAUAUGCCGAUGACUAAUGUCACGACAGCUGCAUUCGCAGAUGAUAUAGCUAUUUUAAACAGCUAUGCAAAGCCCGAGUUAGCUACUGCGACAUUGCAAGCACAACUUGAGAAAAUAGACAUUUGGAUAAGAAAUGGAGACUUAAAUUACACUAAAUCUACAGACUCACAUUGUCAUCUGCCAACAAAUCCGAUUAUAGUAAACAUACUGAUUGCAGAUGAACAACGAACAAAAAAAGAUAGUUAAAAUUGAUUUGUCUAUGUAUAAUCAUAAAACAGCUAGUAAUCAUACACAAUUAAACAUUCCAAAUACAUAUUGUUGUAAUUUUAGUGUACUCAUAACUCUGUGUAUUCUAACAAAAGUUGACUAAAAUGAAUAUACGCAGAAAUAACGCUGGACAACGGCACCAGUAAAAGAUAAGAUGCGCAUGAGGUCAGGUCAGUUGUCCCAUCCUGGUAAAUUCAUGGUGAAUUUCCAGGGGUACCACUUGGAGGUCAACCAGGCAUGGUACAUUGCUAACAAUAGGGUUAUUAGUCCACAUUACUAACAAUACCCUUCACCCAAUCUACAAGGUUAGAGAGCUUUUAUGUCUUCGUACAACAUUAAGUGUUUUAGGUUGGCAACCCUGAUCCUUGGUUAUGUCGAUAAAGAUCUCAAUAUGAAAACUACUUGUAAUGGCAAUACUGUCUAUAAAUUAGUUGUGUGCGUGUGCAUUGCAUGUGUGUGUUAGUGAACUUUUUUUGUGAGAUAUUUCAUAUAAAAAUACUUUAUUUUGUAUAUGAAUUUUAGCUGUUUUGUUUAAAUAGUAAAUUACUUUGACUAGGGGCAUAUUACAUUAUAAAUUAUAGCAGUUCAUUAUAAACUGAAUAUCUAUACAUAUAAGUAAAAUUGGAAGCUCUGUAGUAUUAAAAACGGUUAUUUCAAUAUUAUAAUAUUGAAAUAACCGUUUUUUAACUACAUACAUGAGUAUAAAAACGGUACAUACACCAAAAUAACGUCUUACUAUCUUUGUCUGUUUG